ACAUAUCUAGGCGGUAUCAAAUAUAUGACAGGGUUACCUGAUAUUGUAAUAAUCGUUGAUCAGCAAAAAGAAUAUACGGCUCUUCAAGAAUGUAUCACUUUAGGAAUUCCAACGAUUUGUUUAAUCGAUACAAAUUGUGACCCAGAUCUUGCAGAUAUGUCAAUUCCGGCUAAUGAUGAUGCUAUAGCUUCCAUCCGAUUAAUUCUUAACAAAUUAGUUUUUGCAAUUUGUGAGGGUCGUUCUAGCUCUAUACGAAAUUAUUGAUUAAUAAUAAGAUAAAUCCAUUUUUAGAUUUGGUUGGGCGGUCAUAGAUUUUUGGAAUUGGGUAUUAUAGCAUUACAAAAUUGUGUAAAAAGAAAUAUUUUGUGAUUAGUAGGUAUUCAAAAUAGAAAAUCAAAGUAAAAUAAGGAAAUGGUUGAAUCAAAAUAAUUCCCUUUCAAGUUAUAUUUUUUUAUUUUAGAGGACAGGGCAAUAUGAAUGUUCUAUUAUGUUACAUCAACACAUUAAACAGAUUCUAUGAUAUAUCGGCUGUGGAAGUAGGUCAACAUUUCUAUUGGCAAAAAGGGGAUUUUCAAGUGCAUGCUCAAGUACUUAUUACCUCUUGGGUUGUAAUUGCUAUCUUAUUAAUUUCAACCAUUCUAGUUGUUAGAAAUCCGCAAACUAUUCCCACGUCUGGUCAGAAUUUCUUUGAAUAUGUCCUUGAAUUCAUUCGAGACGUGAGCAAAACUCAGAUUGGAGAAGAAUAUGGUCCAUGGGUUCCGUUUAUUGGAACUCUGUUUCUAUUUAUUUUUGUUUCGAAUUGGUCAGGGGCCCUUUUGCCUUGGAAAAUUAUAAAGUUACCUCAUGGAGAGUUAGCUGCACCCACAAAUGAUAUAAAUACUAAUGUUGCAUUAGCUUUACUUACGUCAGUAGCCUAUUUCUAUGCGGGUAUUUCAAAAAAAGGAUUGACCUAUUUUGGUAAAUACAUCCAACCAACGCCAAUCCUUUUACCGAUUAACAUCUUAGAAGAUUUCACAAAACCCUUAUCACUUAGUUUUCGACUUUUCGGAAAUAUAUUAGCGGAUGAAUUAGUAGUUGUUGUUCUUGUUUCGUUAGUACCUUUAGUAGUUCCUAUCCCUGUUAUGUUCCUUGGAUUAUUUACAAGCGGUAUUCAAGCUCUUAUUUUCGCUACUUUAGCUGCGGCGUAUAUAGGUGAAUCCAUGGAAGGGCAUCAUUGACUAGUUAUGAAAAUAGGAUUUUCGACCGCGACAAAGUAUGUAUGGCUCGCGAUAAUCUACUUAAGGAACAGAAAGAUAAAAAUCCAAAGAAAUUUGGAAAAGUUUUCAUAACAAUCAAAAAGUAUAAAUAAAAUUAAAAUAAUUACCAGGGAAUUAAACAAAAAAUAGAGAUUCAAUUCAAAAAAGGGUGAGGGGGUCGAACUAGGCGUAUAUAUAAUCUAAUCGUUAUAAGACAGCUGGGGGAUUUC